CGUCAAGACUAACUUGCUUCCAAAAAGUCACCACCAAUGGAUUACAACCUUUUUUUUUCCACCAGCAAAAAGGAAAAGGGAAAAGGGAAAAGGGAAAAGGAGGACUAUUCUUCAUAGGAGCAUGAUCAAGUUUAGCUAAACACAAUGCUGUCUUCUUGUUUUGGACUUCGAAAGAAGGACUCUGACCCCGAGCGAGAACCACUGCUCCCUCAAUAUGAGCAGGACACUCACUUACAGCGGGAGCUGUAUCAAAAGCUCCAUAGCUAUCAGAUGAUCAAAGCUCUGAGCGAAGGAUACAUGCCAACUACUGAACAGAUCAUUGCUAACCUGCGUACUCUACUGGAAAGCGACAUAUUGAAUCCCGAAAAUCCAGACCUGUCCCACAGCGGUCGUCGCUUGGUGCGCCUAAUAAAGCUAUGGCUGCAGCAAUUCAUCACCCUGCUCCAACAUAAAAACGGCAAGGAUCAACUUCAAGAUAUUAUCUGGUUCUUCAGAAAAAGCCGAAUAUCAGUCGAUGUGGAUGAUCUCAGUGCGAGGGCCAAGAAAACCAAAACCAAAGCCGAUAUUGCUGCUGCGUACCAGAGUGUGCGCACGGUUGGGUCGUUGCUGCUCACGAACCCCGAUUUUAGUGCCUUUCUCCACGAUCUAAACGUAAUCGGCCGCGAGGUCUUGAGGGACUCAGCCUUCGCCUUGAGUAGUGCUGCUAAAGAAGCAGGCAAGCAGUUGGAGCCUUCGCACGAGGAACUGCAGAGCAUAGCCGAGUCAACAACUACUACUGACGGUCAGCCGCAGACCGCCCAAGAUCUAGAGAAUGAAUUCGAAGAUGCCGGUAAGAUUGUUGCGAAUCAGAGCGCCGAAGUCGUAACCGCUACCGUCGAAAGUGCCAAAGAUAAGCUCUCCGGUGAAGAGGGUCAAGCACUCCUAAAGCGUUUACAGCGUGUGGUCCUCAACCUCCGCAAACGUCAAGACUAUACACAGUCCGUGUCAACACUUUCGCUACUCAUCAAACGCUACGCUAUAGUCUACUCGAGAGCUGCUGAGGAACUACUCGACGUUGCCCAAGAUGACGUCCAGGAAAACCGGGAGACCGAUCGCGCCCUUUCCAAUCUUUGGGAGUUCGUAAAGAGCUUUGGUGAUAGGAAGGAGUGGGAAAAGUGCGAGCAGCUUUUGAAGAAGGUGAUGAGCCAUAAGGAUAAUGAUCCCGAGUUUGAGGAUUUGUUACAAGACCUUGGCGAUAGCUUACAAAAGCUUCUUCUGGACCCGGAAUUCUUAACCAACGUAAACGAGAAACUCCGAGAGUUAAGAAAAAAGAGCAAGUAUGUCGGAUUGGAAAGUAAUCUGAAACUAGAUCUCGAUAAACUCAUAGAACAGCUAUCUGUCACGUUCCAGAGUGUGGCAAAAGACGAAGAUAUCCAGAAUCUAAAAACCACCACUCUUCGUAUCUUUGAUGUUCUUUCUCCUAGCGACUCAACCACAAAUACCGAAUUAAUCCAUGACGCCCUGAACGUUUUCAUCCCACGACUCAUCAGUGCCGUUCAGCAUGUGCCCAUCCCACGCCUCGAAGUCAGUACACCAACACUUGACCUCUUGCUGGAAAACCUCAUUAUCGAGCCCGGGAGCACAGUGAACAAUACAUCGUUCCUCCCGCACAAGUUAAGGAUCGAGACAUAUAACGAUGUUGAAAUUCGCAAAGCCCGUUUCAGAACUAAUGCCAGCAUGAAGAAUCUUAUGCUCAUCAAGAUAGACGGCCUCUCAGCACGUGCGGACGACGUCGGUUUCUGGCUCCGCCUUCACAGCGGGUUGUUUCGUCUAGCCGACAAGGGUAUCGCAAGCUUUGCGCUAGACGAGCGCGGUAUCGACAUCCAUAUCGAAGUCGAGAUAUGUCGCGAGCGCCUAGAACAGAUCCUAACGCUGCGCGGCGUGCGGGUAAGGGUGCACAAAUUGAACUACAAGAUCCACAAGGGCAAGUUGUCUUGGUUUAGCUGGCUCAUCAAGCCAAUGCUCCGCCCUAUCCUUAAGUCGACGUUGGAAGCCAAGCUCGCUAAGUCUAUCAGCGAUAUGCUACACGCUGCGAACCGCGAGCUGCUGUUCGCUCGGGAGCGUCUGCGCGCGACGAGGAUCAUCGAUCCGAAGGAUCUGUGGACUUUCAUUAAGGCUGUCGCGGCGAGGCUGGUGCCUGAAGAGGAUCCUGAUCUUAGUACUAGAUUAGGUGUGGACCAGCCGGGCCGUGGAGUCUUUAAGGGGGUGUAUGCGCCAGGGAGCCUCGUUAAGCUAUGGCACGAGGAGGCUUCUCGAGCGGGAGACCGUAUUGAGCAGUUUGAGGCGGGUGGUUGGCGGAAUGACGUGUUUAAUCCGGAUGGGCGCAACCUGAGUUAAGCCAGGGCGAAGGUAAUUAUUUCUUUUGGAUUUAGCAGAACGGCGUUGUUAGGGUGGGUUAAGAGUAUAUGAGGACAUUCCUUCACAGGAUCACCAUUUCGGGAUAGUAAUUUGGGUUGUAUAUGACGGAUACGGCGGCGUUGAAUUGUUUGUUUCGAGAAUGUUCACGGAAUAUCAGCGCAGCAAAUUGAACACUUAAUAUGAAAGCUUUUAUUUGAGCCUCUUAUUCAAUCUAUA